AUGGCUUCAGACAAAACCGACGCCUCGUCUAAGACGGCGAGUGCCAGUGAAGGCCAAACUGCGGAACCGACUAUCAAACAAAAUCCUGAAGACUCAAAAAGAACCACGAGUUGGCCAGCAGUGCUUUUUUUCUUAUACAUUCACGUUUUGGGAAUUUACGGAGUGGCUGCGAUUUUUAAGGCAAAACUUUUGACGAAUUUAUUCGGUUUACUUUUAUUAAGUUUAGGCGUUUUGGGAUCGACUUGUGGUGCCCAUAGACUUUGGACACAUAAAUCUUAUACUGCAAAUAAAAGUCUUAGAAUUUUUUUGAUGCUUUGUCAGACUUUGGCGGGAACUGGAAGUAUCUACAGUUGGGUUCGUUCCCACAGGCUACAUCAUGCAACUUUAGACACCGACAAGGACCCUUUUUACAGCAACAAGGACCUUUUUAAGUCCCAAAUCGUCCACCAGCUCCAGGGCUACAGCCCGGAGCAGGAAAGGCUGCUGGAGCAGCAGGACAUGAGCGAUUUGGAGAAGGACAAGGUGGUCAUGUUCCAGAAAUCGUACUCGACUUUACUGCAGAAUUUGAAAUGCGUUUUUAAAGUAUACAAAGUUGCUGUUCUACUGGCCAAUGUACAUAAUCCUAACACUUUUGCUGCCAAUCAAUGCUCCGAUGGAAUACUGGGGCGAAAAUUUUGUCAACAGUUUCUUCAUAAUUGGAUGCACAAGUACCUUUUGGCCCUUCAUGCAUCCUGGUUGAUAAAUUCUGCAAGGCAUGUUUGGGGAAUUAAACGAGGAGAAAGGUAUCCUUCAGACAGCAACAUGAUUUUCUUCAUCACAAAAUCCUACUGGCCAAGUUACCACUAUAUGCUACCAUGGGAUUAUCAAUCUGGAGAAUAUGGAACUUAUGGCUCCGGUUGCUCCACCGCCUUCAUCAGAGUUUUUGCAGCUUUGGGAUUGGCCACGAAUUUACGAACUAUGGAUUCUGCUUCUGUGAAGAAGGCUUUGGCGAAUUCUGUAGAUACUGGAAAACCAAUAGAGCAGUGCUUGGAAGAAGUCGGUUCAAAGGCCCAACAAAAAUUUCAUCCUGAACACUAUUUGGACGCCGUCAAGUUAUCCUCACCAUCAAAUAAGCUUCAUCCUGUCCAUUAUCUCUAUAACCAACUCUUUGUUUGUUGGCUUCCAAAACAUCAUAAGGAUUCUUCAAGUCUGAUACUGUUACAGACAAAACUGAAGUAAUAAAUGCUGCAUAUGAAUUAUAAACUAUUAC